GUGCUCCCACACACAUCUAUCGCUCACACUAUCAGCUACUCUUCUCUACCAUCUCACCUCCACUACCACAUCGCCUCUGCUCCACCACUACGCCGCCCACUCAACGGCAAUGGCUGCUGCUCAGUGACGGCCCCACCGACCGGCUAUGCCGGGAGACGACGCGUCCUACCUCCUCUGCGCCGAGGACGCCGGCGGUGCCUUCUUCUUUGCCGACGUUGCGGCCAGCACCUGCACCACGGCCACCGACGAUGACUGGUGCUCCCGCGCCGAGGAUGAGGAGUCGGCUGCGGCGUCCUUCGUCGCCGAGCUCAUCGGGGGCGAGGCCGACUACUCGCCCCGGUCAGACUACCCUGACCGGCUCCGGUCAAGGUGCAUCGACCCCACUGCCCGGGCGGACUCUGUUGCGUGGAUUCUCAAGGUACAAGAAUACUACGGCUUCCUGCCCUUGACGGCCUACCUCGCCGUGAACUACAUGGACCGGUUCCUCUCCCUCCACCGGCUGCCGCAGGAGGAUGGAUGGGCAAUGCAGCUGCUAGCUGUGACCUGCCUCUCCUUGGCUGCCAAGAUGGAAGAGACCCUUGUGCCUUCCCUCCUAGACCUACAAAUAGAGAGCACAAGAUAUAUCUUCGAGCCGCGUACGAUCCUUCGAAUGGAGCUUCUUGUUCUGACGGCACUUAAUUGGAGGCUCCGGUCGGUCACACCUUUCAUGUUCAUCGACUUCUUCGUUUGCAAAGUUGAUCCGAGAGGGAAGAACACACGAUAUCUGAUCGGCCGAGCCACACAAAUGAUUUUAGCUGCAAUGCAUGACAUCGAGUUCUUAGAUCACUGCCCGUCGUCAAUGGCUGCUGCGGCGGUGCUAUGCGCCACCGGUGAGAUGCCAUCCUUCGCAUUGGUCAACCCUAGGCUUGCAGUCAAUUGGUGCAUUGGCCUAGCCGAGGAAGGGGUCAGAAGCUGCUACAAACUAAUGCAGCAGCUGGUGAGUGGCAAGAGGACAGCCACAGCAGCUGCAGUAGCAGUUAACCUAUGCUCAGAUGAGGUUCUAUCCUCUAAUUCCUCCUCCUGCACCACCCCUCCCCCACCCAAGAGGAGGAAGAGGUCACCUCCACCAGUCACAUGAAAAGAGUGCAAGUAGAUAACAUCAGUUUACCUGGGUCUUUUUUUGUCAGAUUAAUAGGGUUUGAUCUCUUCCUGUUGUUGUGUUGUUGUGAUUCUUUUUCCCAUUUGUUCUCUUCUUUUGGGGCUCUUUCUUUUUACACCUUGGUGGGGGCUCUCCUUGCUUGGCCCGGCCUGUUGAUCUAUGCCAUCAUGGCAGCCUCUGCACUGCCAGUCUGUGAAGGAUGUGAGAAAUAUCAGAGAAAGAGAGUGAAACAUGGAGGCAUGUGUGUUUUUAUGUGCUUACAGCCUGUGGGUCUUCACCCCAAUGCAGAAUUGCAGAGGAUACAUUGAUUAGAUAGUGAGAGGGAGAAGCCAUGGCUGGUACUAGCAGAAAAGAAAAGUAAAAGGAUGGCACCAAUGCACAGCAUGUUUGCAUAGCAUUGCAUGGAGAUGGGGGUGUGAAGGUGGUCAAGGAGGAAUGGUCAGAGCUACAGCCAAGGUGUAGUAGGCUUUCCCUGGCAAGCUCUCUGUGCAUAUUCAUGAGGGAGAAAAUUGUUUGUUUGUUUGUUUCCGAGUGGUUUGUUUGUAUUUUGCUGAUUGUUACCGAGAGAGAGAGAGAGAGAGAGAGAGAGAGAGAGAGAGAGAGAGAGAGAGAGAGGAAAGAGGAGGCAUGGUGUACUGGGAGGCACAUGCAUGCCCUAGUGUGAUGCUCUGGAGUGAAAUAUUUGUCCAUCUCCAGGCUAACAGUGUCCAAGCAUGAGGCCUUUGGGGGCCCUUGCUAUUUGUUAUCACUUGAACUUUUUUUCCAUCAUGAUCAAUAAAAGAUGUUGCAAUCUAAAUUAUCUUGAAGGAGUA